AUGGGCCGCGUAGAAGCUCUAGAACUCAAGCUCGCCGAAUUGAGCAAAAAGAAGUCGAUCGCUCAGAAGGCUCUCCACCUCGAGGCUGCAAAACCCCCACUACCUCCAAUAUCAAAGGAGAUUGAAGAGAAGGAUCCCCUAGAUUGGACAGCAGAUGAGUGGAAGCGGAAAGACCAGUACCAGGAGCAUGCAAAGAGCACGGGAUACCGCAAUGUGGGCGAACUUGCAGAGGCUACAUACAAAAAGGAAAUCUCCAAGAGACAAGUUGACCAAGAGCGGUAUGAAAAAGUAAUGCAACUGAACAGUGACGCAUCGAGCUUUGAUGUGUUCCUGGCAGCGGAGGAUCUAGAAGCUAUAGCUCAGGGACUACGUGAAGCUAGUGAGCGUCGUCAAAAACGUAGAAAGGUGGACGAUGCUGGCCUAUACAUGAACGACAGGAACCGGCAAUUCAACUUAAAACUUGAUCGCGAGUAUGGAAAGGGCAAGGAUUGA